AUGCCAGCGCAGCUAUACGCGGUAGACGACAAGUUUCCAGACGUCGUAGCCGAGCUGGAGGCGCGUGGAUGGCGGCGACUCCCUUUCGUAAGCUGUCCCAAAUUUGAUCUCAAAUGGACAAAUUAUGCCAAGAUCGCGUGGAAACAGAAGAAUCAACUAGCUCAACUGUUGUACAAUCAAAGAGCGCAGAUACAAGUAGAUCACUGGUUUCCACGAACUUUUGAUAUGAGUAUUUCGGAGGAUAUUCUACGAUUAAAAUUCUGGUUUCGCUACGUUGAAGCUGUGAAGAUUCUUCAACAGAGUUUUAUCGAGAGUAUGGCGAUUGAUGAGCAGAAGUUUCAAGUAGUAGCACGAGAUAAUUUUGCUGCGAGUCCGACGUUGGGCUUACAAUUGAAGAAGUUGUCAUUCAAUCAAGACAGAAGAUGCGAAAUUCAAGAGAUUUUAACACAGCUCGAACAAAGAGAUCCUCAGUUUCUUACGGUCUGUCGUGAUGACAGUAAUGUGUGGAUUUGUAAACCGUCAAAUUUAUCACAAGGACGAGGUAUCGUGCUGUGCAAUACCUCUGAGGAUAUGGAAAAACUCCUCUUUCCCGACAAGAAUUGUGCCGUUAACUCAGAUGAGAUAAAAGAUAGAUCAAUGAUACAGACCAAGUGGAUGGUUCAAAAGUACAUUGAACGGCCGUUGCUGCUUCAAAAUGGCCGCAAGUUUGAUAUUCGCCAGUGGGUGUUAAUUACCGCACUCAAGCCAGAUCCGAUCGUGUUUUGGUUUUUUAAAAGUUAUUUGCGAUUUUGCUCUCGAAAGUUUAACUUGGCGCACUUACACGAUCAAUUUGUGCAUCUAAGCAAUUACUCGGUGCAGCAACAUUUUGCAAGGGACGUAGAGGAUGACUCAAGAAGUAAUCAAGAUGAGGACGUGAAUGCUUUUGAGCCUAUGUGGUCAUCAGAGCAAUUUCAAGAUAUGUUGAGACAACAGCACGGAAAUGAUGUUUGGAGUGAAACAAUUGUUCCUCAGAUGCAGAGCAUCGUACAACUUACACUUGAUGCUGUGCUGCCUAGGCUUGAGGUUGUCGGGCAAGGCUUUGAGUGGCUUGGGUAUGACUUCCUCGUGGACGAAAAUAAUCACGUGUGGCUACUUGAGGUGAAUGUGAGUCCAGACAUGAGUCACAGCACCAAGAUCACUGCUGAGCUGGUACCGAAAGCCACAGCAGACGCCUUAAGCGUGAUAUUAGACACAGAAUCAUCGCGAUCGUCUGAAAAUGGAUGGCUGCCAUUUCCACUUAGACGUUCUUAA